AUGGGGAAAAUUCCAGCCAAUCCGCCGAAAUCCGUGCUAAAUCGGAAGGAAAAUCAAAGUUUGUUGGCCAAAAUUCGCAAGGAGUACGUUAGCAUCACGUUUGCCAAAUCGCUAAUCUUUGAUCCAGCCCGGUUACCCUUGAUCUCGAUCCUAAUUUUGGCCGCUGAGUUGGUGCUAAACGUGUUCGUCGUGCAGAAUGUGCGCUACACCGAGAUCGAUUGGAAAGCUUACAUGCAGGAAUGUGAGGGAUUUCUCAACGGAACUACAGAUUAUUCGCUGUUACGAGGCGAUACCGGUCCGCUAGUGUACCCUGCCGGAUUUGUCUACAUCUACAGUGCGCUGUACUUUCUCACAUCGCACGGCACUAACAUUCGCUUGGCGCAGUAUGUGUUCAUUGGCAUUUAUCUGCUUCAGCUCGCGCUGGUGCUGCGGCUUUACUGCAAAAGUCGUAAAAUCCCACCGUAUGUGAUGGCCAUCACCAUUUUCACCUCCUACCGGAUCCACUCCAUCUACGUGCUGCGGCUGUUCAAUGAUCCGAUUGCGGUCCUGUUUCUCUACGCCGCACUGAACGCAUUCAUUGAUGGACGAUGGACACUCGGAAGUGUAAUGCUCAGUUUGGGUGUUUCAGUAAAGAUGAACAUACUACUUUUCGCUCCUGCAAUUCUACUACUCUACAUAACCAAUCUCGGUUGGUUGAAAACGGUGCUCCAGCUAGCGGUGUGUGGUAUGAUACAGCUUAUCCUAGGAGCACCGUUCCUGCUCACCCAUCCCUGGCAGUACAUCAAGGGAAGCUUCGAUCUGGGUCGUGUAUUUGAGCACAAAUGGACGGUGAAUUAUCGAUUCCUGGAGCCGGAAAUUUUUGAAAGUAAGAUGUUUCAUCUCGCACUGCUUGGACUUCAUCUUACACUGCUGGUCGUAUUUGCGUCACCCUGCUAUAAAUACUUCCAAAAUUAUUGCCGCUUGCGCCAGUUGGAAAUUAUGCUUCUGCCUCAGAUAGAGGCACAAAAUCGUGCUGAAAAGGAGAAGCAGAAGAAGGCGAAGAAAUCUCAAGCGCAGGCAUUGCCAGCAUCAAAAGAACAUAAGGGCCAAGAGAAGCUAACGGAAGAUCAAGAAAAGUUUUUAAAAUCUUUCGAGAAGGGCAUUAAGAAGAUGUCUGGCAAGCAGCAGCAGCAGCAGCAAAAAGUCGAACGUGCUGUCGAGGAACCGGCAACGAAUGCAGCAGCAAACAAAUUCUCGAUCCAUUUCGAUCGAUCCACUCAACUCGCACUGCUUCCAAUCUUUCUGUCGAACUUUAUUGGUAUCGUGUGUGCACGCAGUUUGCACUACCAGUUCUACGUAUGGUACUUUCACAGUUUACCAUACCUCACCUGGUACACGGAGUAUACGAAUAGUUUGAAGUUUUUGCUACUUUUGCUGUUGGAGUUUUGCUGGAACACCUACCCGAGUACGGUUUUGAGCAGUCUCGUUCUCCACACGUGCCAUUUGAUACUGCUCGUCGGAAUAGGAAGGAAGAUGUUCCGUCGAAUUCCGGAUCUUGCCCAGUUCAGUAAGACGGAAUAA